AUGGCCAGCAAUACAUACGAUCAGCUUCCCACAUCUCUAGAAGAGGUCGUUUCUCUCGUCCUGCAAUUAUAUCGACCAGGCGCACAAGUAUCCGUCGUCAAGACCCAAGAGACCUUACACAGGUUGCAGCGGUCGCCUGAAGGUUGGCGACUCGCAAACAGUCUCUCGAAUCAUGAAAAUCAGGAAGUGAGAUUCUUCGCUGCCCUGACUUUCAUCGUCAAAUUGAACACAGACGCAAAAUCGCUCGGUGAAGAGGACGUCCAAGCACUACUUACUACUCUCAUAAACUGGUUGAUCCGAUGCCUGGAAAUUUCCGAGGGCCAGUUGGUGUUGAGAAAGUUGUGUUCGACCCUUGUGGUAUUUUUCUUUCAAUUUUCUUCAUCGUGGCAGAACUGCAUCAAGCAUCUCAUCUACUGUGUCUCCGUGGGAUCGGCGCUACCGUAUGAGUCCUCCCAAGAUGCGCCGGAUGUGCAAAGUAUGAUACAACAGUUACCAGACAGGAAAGCAGUUGCCAUCUUCUGGUUUGCGUCUACCUUGGUAGAGGAAGUUGGCAAAACAGAUUCAAACUCCAUGAAACAACACAAAUUUCAUCAACUAAUGCUACCGAACGUCGACGAUAUCGUUCCCCUUAUAUCGAAGUACAUCACAGACCACAACCCUACGCCAGAUCAAGCAAACGUUCGCCAAGAGGCUAUGAAAUGUUAUCAGUCGUGGGUAUCCUAUUCGCACAGGGCAUUCAUCGACGACGGCUUGAUACUCGAGCCCCUACGAACAUUUACGAAUGCAACUAUCAUGUGCCUUGCUGAUGAAAACCUGUAUGAAAUUACCAUGGAACUUCUUGCAGAUGUACUCUCCACUUAUUGCAAGUUUUUCUCCGAGGAUGACUUUCAGACACUCUUUGCCCUUUUCAACAGUCAAUGGGCACAAGAGCGAUAUCAGCGAUUAGUUCAAGGGGACUAUGAUUUCGAUUCCAUUCAGUUCGGGCUCUUUACUCUCGCUUUUGGAGAUGCCACUCUUCAGGAUCUAGCUACCCGUACUGAGCCUCAAUAUCAGCAGUUCUUGACAGCCCUGGGAGGCCUACUUGGCGCAGAGGGCUAUCCGGUGCAUGAGGAUAAAAUAUUCGUGCCGGCGCUAGAAUUCUGGAAUGCUUUUGUGGAAAAUAUGAUUGACAGCAUCUGGUCGGAAGACGAAACUUCACUGCUAGAAAACACAUUCGCCCAAAUGCAUGUAACACAAGCGAUUCAAAAGUGCUGGCGGAAAAUACAGUUCCCACCCUCGGAAAUAUUUAACUCCUGGGACUCAGUUGACCGUACAGGCUUCAAAGAUGUGAGGAGAGACUUCAGCGAUCUUUUACAACAGUUCUAUUUGAUCACAAAAAUUCCUAUCCUCGACGUUUUCAUUACACUAGCGAACAAAGCUGUGGAGAACAGAAAUUGGGAGGAAUUAGAGGCAUCAUUGUUCUGCCUAGCAUGCUUUCCCGACACGAUAGGUGACACCGAACCACGCGAUGAAUAUCUAGACAAGAUAUUCACAGCCCAAAUUUUUUCACUCUUCUCGACCGCACCCGACGAGAUCCCCUUAAGGACGAUGCAGUCGUUUUUGCUCUUGGUAGAUGGCUAUGCGGAUUAUUUCGAGCAGAAUACGGCCUACCUACCCAAUGUUUUAAACAUUGUAUUUGGUACCUUGGCCUCUCCGGCUCUGAGCUACAAGGCAUCACGAACAAUUCAGAAAUUAUGUUCAGACUGUAGGAAGCUUCUCGUUCCCGAGCUUGAUUCCUUUUUGAAGCAAUACCAAAGCCUCAACAGCAAUUCAUCGAUUGACAAGCACGCUAAAGAAGCGAUCAUGGAAGGAAUAGCCUCACUUGUUCAAGCCAUUCCCCUCGACAAGCUGAAGCUGAAGCCUCUGGACGAACUACUCAAUUUUAUUGAAGCAGACAUAGAAGAGUGCUUCCGAAUCAUCGCUUUCCAAGCGACUUCAGAGGAUACUUCCGGCUCAGCCCAUAUGAAUUCCGUUACGUUGACUGCAGACUCCCCAGCAUUACAACUGGGCCUAGGAGCCUUGAAGUCCAUAAUUGGCAUUGGAAGAGGACUUCAGACCCCACACGAUACACCGAUAUACCUCGACGAAGACGAAGAGAGAUCUCCCUUUUGGACGACUGGGGAAGGCUCGCGAAUUCAGACGAGAAUUGCUUCUAUGGUCAACAGGGUUUAUGACGUUCUUGGCGCUCAUGGGGAUAUCGUAGAUGCAGCGUGCCAUGUUUGGCGCCAGGGCUUUAGAGAACUGGAACCGGGAGCUUUCGUUGUCGCACCAGCAAUGAUUAUUCAGUUUCUGCUAAAGGCGAAUUUCAACACGCCACGACUUGGAUGCGUGAUUGGCACUGCUUGCUCAUUCGUGACAUCCCACAAAUCCAAUAACGAGAGUGGAGAAAUAUUCGCUACCUUAGUACAUUGGAUCUCGCAGAUACUCCAGCAACAAGACCAACCGAGCAAUGACCCAGAAGUAGCUCAAAACGGGAUCGAUUUCCUAACUCGAUUAUUGUCCAAGCAAUUGUCUUCGUUGAUGAGCCAUCAGCCUCCCUCUUCUCUAGAAUUUCUCUUCUUCUUCACCCUUAAAGCGCUGGCGGGAACUGAUCCAUUACCAAAAAGUGCUGCUGCAGACUUCUGGUCGACUUUCAUUGGUCUUCCGACGCAGGAGGAUUCGGCAAUGCAAACAGCUAUAGACAAUGUACUCCAGCAUUUAGGCCCUAUGUUGGCAGAAGCUUUGAUCUACAACAUGGGAGGUCAAGCAGCACGUAGUGAGUUAGACAAAUUAUCUGACCCGCUCAAGAAGCUAGUCACAAGACAAGUCCGUUCAAAGAGCUGGUUGGAAGCUGCGCUCUCAGGAAACAGUUUUCCUAGUGACAAAGUCACAACUAGGGAGAAGACCGUUUUCCUCCAAAAGAUAAUGAAUCUGCGCGGUUCUCGGGGCACUAAUCAUGUAGUUAGAGAGUUUUGGCUAGCUUGUAGAGGGACUAAUUUCGCGUAUGCUUCGUAG